AUGAUCUCGAUGAGGAGACUAGGAAAUCACCUGAUCUCUGUCCCUGCCAAAGUGAACACGCAUGAGUUUGUACAGGCAUGCAUCAGUGCUCGUGAGGAGUUGUGUGAUGCUAUUGGCUUUCAAGUUAACUGCUGUAACGAUGGAGAACUGGCGGCCUUCAUCCGCUACGCCCAGGCGUUCCCUACCACCUUCUUGGCACUUGUCGACACGUAUGAGACUAUUUUAUCGGGAGUACCCAACUACCUCAGUGUUGCUCUUGGUCUAUGGAGGGUUGCUGGAAUACAGGCGGUGGGCAUUCGCCUGGACAGUGGCGACCUUGCGUAUUUGAGCAUGAGAGCUCGGGAAGUGUUUUCAACGACUGCUGAAGUUUUUGCUAAUGAGGGAUUCCAGUUCAUUGCCAGAUCUCGUAUAGUCGCCUCCAAUGACAUCAACGAGGCGGUCCUGCUCUCGUUGCAUGACCAGCCGCACUCUAUCGACUCCUUCGGUAUUGGCACUAAUUUGGUCACUUGCCAAGCUCAGCCAGCACUGGGCAUGGUGUACAAGUUGGUCGAGCUGAACGAUCAGCCUCGAAUGAAACUGUCACAAGAUUUCGAGAAACAAGGCAUUCCGUCGAGGAAGGCAGUUUAUCGACUAUACGGUCAAGAUGGCAUGGCUAUCCUUGAUAUCAUGCAAGGGGAAGAGGAGCCCGCCCCUGAGCCGGACCAUAAGGUCUUCUGUCGUCAUCUAUUCGAUGAUCAGAAGAGAUGCUAUGUUACUCCAAGGAAGGUGGAGCCCUUGCUGGUGUGUGUUUGGAAGGACGGUAGUGAAGGGCUUCGGGGUUGGGACAUACACAGUGCUAAGGAGCAUUUUAAUGAGUCGAGAAAGACGUUUAGGAAGGACCAUCUCAGGCCUAUCAAUCCGACACCGUACAAGGUCAGCACUUCUGCUGAGUUCUUCGACUUCUUCCGUCGCUUCUGGCAAGAGACUGCCCCCGUUAAAGAGUUUUCGUAG